CCUUGGAAUUUUUCCCCAGUGAUGGAAUCUAAUGUGGCUGAUCAUAUGGCCCACCUGAAGCUCAAACUCCUUGAAAAGAAAUUAGAAAAUGAACGUGAAAACUUGGAUGACUCUGAAUCACCCUUCUCUACAAGGAAUUAUGACAAUUAUGGCUAUGCCUUACAAAGUGCACUGAGAAGAAAGAAAGAUCUUUUACAGCAGCUCAGAGAACAAAAUCUUUUGGAAGAGCUUUCAGUACCACCAAGUUUACCAAGAAUUCAUAAAAAGCCCUUGAAGCCACAUCAUAUCUACCAAAUUCCUCCUCCUCCUUCUCCUUCUCCUCCUCCUCUUCCUCUUCCUCUUCCUCCUCCUCCCCCUCCCCCUCUACCUCAACAACCAAGAAUUAUCCAACAAACAUUACCACAGCAACCAGCAACUAUAAUUCAACAAAUACCUUCAUAUCAGCCACCAUUCAUUACACAGAUUCCAUCUCCACAGUCCUUUUCAGUACCCAGAUCUGGGAGCAUUAAAGAAGAUAUGGUAGAAAUGAUGCUUAUGCAAAAUGCACAGAUGCACCAAAUCAUUAUGCAGAACAUGAUGCUGAAAUCUUUACCACCAACAUAUUCGCCAGCUGGUGGGUACGGAGUCCCUAUGGUGCAACAUGGACAACAGCUUACAGGUCCUAUUCCAGUAAGAGUGGAGAAAUCACGACCAUCAGCUGUGCAUCAUCAUCACUAUACAUCUUUAGGAGCACCAGUUAUUCCUUCUCAAAGUGGCUUCCCCAUGUGGCCAUUAGUUCUGCAACCUGGCCCAAGCCCACAACUGGAAGGUUUCCCAUCUGAAGUUCAUAAUCUGCCCAUUCCAGUUAAUGCAUCACACACGUGGCUUGCAAAGGGGCAAUGAGUACUUAAUUAAAAGCACUGGAGCUCUUUCAUCUGACACUUUACUUCGCUGCAGACAGACAGAAAUUAUGCA